AUUAAAACCAACCCUUAGCUCCUUGUUUCUCCACCCUAAAGGUAGCCCCGAUUAUUGCUGACUUAAGCAUCGGAGUGUCUACCCCGAGGACCUGCCUCGGGGCUUUGCAAGUCAAUUCGGAGUGCAUACGUGGACUGAAGAAGGACAUCUGGUUUGGUGCAAUUACAUCUGGCGCCGUCUGUGGGAAACCGAAUUGAAAGCUCUUUUGUCGCUCUCUCAUCAUGGUUCAUACUCGAUCAGCCCGAGCUGGAAACUCAUCUCAGCCUCUUGGACGAGGUCAAGCCCCCAGCAACCUACCACCUCCCCCCCCCCAACCCCUGAUCCCAAAUACGUUCCCUCCUGUUGAUCAUGCAGAAGGAGAAGAUGAAAACCAACCACACAACUCAGCCCAUAACUCAGUUUCCGCUGCCAACCAAGACUUAGUUGCAGUUCAACUCGCUAACAUGCAACAACAGUUUGCCCCACAGCAAAAACCCGAACCAGUUCAGCAUGCUCCUGCUCUUAGUGAAUCCCAGGGUCAAUCUCAUGUAGCACCGGCUCAACAACCCCCUCAUCAUGAUGUCUCUCGACGAUUAGACAGCUUAGAAAAGCUAGUGGCAGAGCAGCGAGGUGUCCCCCCACCACAUCAUGCUGCUGACUCCAUACCUCACCCCCUGAACACCAACAUCACUCUAGAACCCUACCCCGCUGGCUUCAAGAUACCACAACUCGAGACAUAUGAUGGGACGAAGGAUCCCGAUGAUCACCUAAACGCUUUGAUAUGCAAAAUCUUUCCCUCUACUCUCCGGGGUAAUGCCCAAACUUGGUAUUACAGUCUACCUCCGAGGUCAAUCAGCUCUUAUACAGAAAUGGCAUCUGCUUUUGCCACUAAGUUUUCCAGUCGAAGGUUGAUCAGGAAAACCACUUCUGAGUUGAUGCGAGUCAAACAGAGGGAUGGUGAAUCUUUGAAGAACUAUAUGAGCAGAUUCAAUGAUGCAGUACUGGAGGUUAACUCCUUUGACCAGGCCGUGGGAAUUACAGCUGUGAUCUCUGGUCUUAGCCAUGAAAGAUUCAGGGACAGUUUGCUCAAACACCCUGCCACCACCUUUAGUGAGGUGAAUGACAGGUCUCUGAAAUUUAUAACUGCUGAGGAAUAUGCCCUGUCGCAGAACUCAAUUCCCUCCAAGAGCCAAAACCCAGAUUGGAGAGAUGAGAAUCCAAGUAGGAAACGGAUGAGGACAGCACCGAACCGAGGUCCGAUGUCGACCUCCAUACCAAGAUUCGGAAGGCCGAACUCAACACCCCCACAGCAGUCUACAGGUAAACCUCCAGUUACUUGGACCCCUUUUAACUUGCCAAGGUAUUGUGAUUUUCAUCAGGAUCACCGUCAUACCAAAGAACAAUGCAACAGUCUACGGUCCGAACUGGAAAGUCUAGCUCAAAAGAGAUUGUUGAAUGAGUACAUCCAGAGGGCUGAACAGCCAAGGUUUGUCAGAGAACAGGGGCCACAGCCCCAAGCAGUCCGUAAUCCACCAAACAGGCAAGGGGUAGGGCAUCAACAAGCCCCACCUCCACUACCCCCGCCAGCCAGAAUUAUACACAUGAUUACGGGAGGCCUAGAAGCAGGUGGACUGAGCUCUAAACAACGAAAGCUAUAUGUCAGGGAGCGUGUCCUUGUUGACACCGGGAGUGUGCCAGACAUCAUGUACUUCCACUGUUUUGAGAGUCUCGGACUAGAUCCAGCGUUGUUGCAGAGAUAUGAUGGUCCCAUCUAUGGUUUCAACAACCAACCAGUUCAAGUGGAAGGAGUUCUUACACUCCAUGUUGCUUUUGGGCGAGGCCGCACCUAUGUGACUCCUUCAGUCCGAUUUCUGGUAGUCAAGAUGGCGUCCUCUUUCAACAUUGUUAUUGGCCGACCCACAUUGACUGAAAUCCGAGCUGUGGUUUCCCAGUCUCACCUCUGCAUGAAGUUCCCAACACCUAUGGGAAUAGCAACACUGCGAGGCAACCAGGAGGUGGCUAGACAUUGCUAUAUCACCUCGGUAACGCAACCUAAGAAGGGCAAAGAUCAGACACCCGAGGUCAUCCCCCAACGGGUUCCUAACAAUCAGCAAGUUAUGGGUGUUGAGAUAGUAGAUAACCGCCCAGAAGAUGAAACCAGAGCUGCUCCAGUCGAAGAUGUUGAAGAAGUGCCCAUUGAUGAUAGAGAUCCAAGCCGUAAGAUGCAAAUUGGAACUCGAUUGAAUCCGGAGGAAAGAGCAGACCUAAUAGCUUUUCUCCGAGCUAAUAGUGAUGUCUUCGCAUGGACUUCAACAGACAUGCCUAGAAUUCCAAAUUCGACUAUAAAGGAAGAGGUAGAGAAACUCUUACAAGCUGGUUUCGUCAGAAAAGUUGAUUAUUGUGAAUGGGUGGCUAACCCAGUUCUGGUGAAGAAGGCAAAUGGGAAAUGGCGGAUGUGCAUUGACUACACGAAUCUUAACCAAGCCUGCCCCAAGGAUUGCUAUCCAAUGCCAAACAUUGACAAGCUGGUUGAGGCAGCUUCUGAAAACGAGAGGUUAAGUCUCUUGGAUGCAUACUCAGGCUACCACCAGGUCCCAAUGGCUCCUGAGGAUGAAGAAAAAACCUCGUUCUAUGCUGGCGAUGAGAUCUAUUGCUAUGUAAUGAUGCCCUUCGGCUUGAAGAACGCAGUGGUGAAGAGUUUGAAAGCUGACGAUCACUUAACCGACCUUGAGGAGACAUUCAACAAUCUCAGACAGAAUAGAAUGAGGUUAAACCUAGCCAAAUGCAUCUUUGGCGUGGAGUCUGGAAAAUUCUUGGGUUUCAUGGUUUCCCGGAGAGGGAUUGAGGUCAAUCCAGAGAAGAUCAGAGCAAUUGCCGAGAUGGAACCGCCGAAGUUAGUGAAGGAUAUACAGAGGUUGACUGGAAGGGUAGCAACUCUUCAUCGGUUCAUAUCGAAGUCAGCAGAUAAGUGCCUACCAUUUUUCAAGAUUAUGAGGUCAGCUGCCCAGAAUGAUGAAUCAGGUAAACAGAAGAAGUUUGAGUGGACUCAAGAAUGCCAAGCCGCAUUCGACGGGCUGAAGUCUUAUCUUAGCUCACCACCUCUACUGACUAAAGCCAAAGAUGGAGAAAUCCUCUAUUUAUAUCUGGGAAUUUCAGAUGAAGUCAUUAGUUCGGUUCUGGUAAGAGAAGAAGCCAAGCAGCAGAAACCAAUAUAUUAUAUCAGCAGUGUGCUGCAUGGAGCCGAGCUGAGGUAUCCUAUAGCUGAGAAAGCAGCCUUAUUAGUUGUCACUUCGGCCAGGAAGUUGAGGCCAUAUUUCCAGUCGCACCCGAUCAUUGUUCUUACAAACCAACCCCUUCGACAAAUUCUGCAAAAGCCUGAGUGUUCUGGAAGAUUAAUUAAGUGGGCAGUAGAACUGGGGGAAUUUGAGAUAACAUUUCAGCAGAGAUCUGCAAUCCGAGCUCAGGCACUGGCAGAUUUUAUUGUAGAAUGCACUCCAAGUAAUUCCAUUCCUACUCCGGAGCCCAAUGACUGGACCUUAUAUGUUGAUAGGGCAUCUAGUAGCAAAGGUUCAGGAGCUGGUGCUCUCUUGAUCGGCCCAGAUGGAUACCGAAGUAAACAUGCUUUGAAAUUUAACUUCGAUGCAACAAACAACAUGGCUGAGUAUGAAGCCCUACUACUUGGUCUGCAGCUAGCAUUGGAAUUAAAACUCAGUGCGAUCCAAGUAUACAGUGACUCCCAGCUGGUGGUGAACCAAAUUAACUCAAUCUGCGAAGUUGUUGAUCCUGUGAUGGUGAAAUAUGUAGCUCUGGUGGCCGAGCUGAAGUGUAAAUUCCAAAAAUUCUGUCUGAGCAAAAUCCCCCGAACUGAGAAUGAACAAGCAGAUUCACUCUCUAACACAGACCCAGGCACACCGAGCUGGACUGACCCAAUCCUCUCCUUUUUACGAGACGGGAUAGUACCUGAGGACAAGCAGGAGGCAAUGAAGUUGAGGAGGAAAGCAUCUCGGUAUUCACUUGUUGGUGGGGUCCUCUAUAAGCGAUCUUUCUCUCUACCUCUUCUACGGUGCUUAAGUCCCUACGAAGCGAAGUAUGCACUUUGCGAAGUACAUGAAGGUGUCAGUGGAAGUCACAAAUGCUUGAAAUGCCAGUUCUUUGCGCACCUGACUCACCAGCCUGCAGAAGAGCUCACUACUCUGGUAGCACCAUGGCCAUUUGCUCAAUGGGGGUUGGAUCUUUUGCGCCCAUUCAUGAAAGGGGUUGGUGGUGUAACCCACCUGAUUGUUGGUGUAGAUUAUUUCACAAAAUGGGUUGAAACUCGGCCAUUAUCCAGUCUUACUUCCAAGAAGGUCGAAGACUUUGUUUUUAACUCAAUCAUCUGCAGAUAUGGGAUCCCGAAUCAGAUUGUGGCUGAUAAUGGAACUCAAUUUAACUACACCUCUUUUCGAGAUUUUUCUUCUAGCUACAGGAUCAAAUUGCAGUUCACCUCGGUUUACCAUCCGGAGUCCAAUGGCAUGGUCGAAUCUGUUAACAAAUGCAUCUUAGAAGGUUUAAAGCCGAGGUUGGAACAGCACAAGGCCAAAUGGGCGGACGAGCUCAACAACGUCCUCUGGGUAUACAGAACCAUGAGCCGAACUGCCACAGCAGUCAUUCCUAUCGAGAUAGGAGUUCCAAGCUUCAGAGUCACCCAUUUCGAUGAAGGACAAAAUGGACAACUGCUUCGGGAGAACCUUGAUCUACUUGAUGACGUUAGAGAAGAAGCACGACUUCGAACUCUAGUCUACAAGCAGAAAAUAGCAAACUUCUACAACAAACGAGUUCGACCCCGAACAUUCAAACUAGGAGACCUUGUUCUCAAGAAAGCUGGUCUAACGGGGUUCGAAACUCGAUUCGGCAAGUUGGCACCAAACUGGGAAGGCCCCUACACUGUUGCCGAAGUGCCGCACCCAGGUGCUUAUAUCCUACGGGACACUGAAGGCAAACGGGUUCCUAGGGUUUGGAAUGUCAAUAAUUUGAAGAAAUUCUACCCUUAGCACACUUCUUUCCAGUGAACUUCGUCUCAUUUUCAUAAGCAUCGUCAUUUUUUCUUGCUCACUAUAUAUUCGAGCUCAAUUUACUUAUCUCAUUAAUGAAUUUCACUUCACAUC